UAGAACCAGCUGAACGACGUAACUGUACCAUGCUUCGCAAUGUCCUAGGAAAAACCUUUCGAUUUCUUGGGUAUACUGUGCAAUAUGGCUGCAUAGCACAUUGUGCCUUUGAGUACCUUGGAGGAAUUGUUGUGUGUGCUGGACCUUCAAUGGAACCAACCAUUCAAAAUUCUGAUAUUGUCUUUUCGGAGAACCUUAGCCGCCACUUUUAUUGCAUUCGAAAAGGAGAUAUUGUAAUUGUGAAAAGCCCAAAUGACCCCAAAACAAAUAUCUGUAAAAGAGUAAUUGGCUUGGAAGGCGAUAAAGUCUGCACAAGCAACCCUUCAGAUUUCCUUAAGAGUCACAGCUAUGUGCCUAAAGGACAUGUUUGGUUAGAAGGUGAUAAUCUCAGGAAUUCUACAGAUUCCAGGUGCUAUGGACCUGUUCCUUACGGACUGAUAAGAGGACGCAUUUGUUUUAAGAUAUGGCCUCUGACUGACUUUGGAUUUCUACGUGCAAGCCCCAACGGCAAUAGAUUUCUUGAUGAUUAAAAGAUUUAAGUGACUCUUGCCAGCUUUCAUAGUAUUUUCUACUAAAAUCAAUGGAACUAUUUUUGUUUAGAAUAAAUACAAGUAUUACUUGACAAA